CAAAACAAAACAAAACAAAACAAAUAAAGGUUAUGUGGAAAUGCAGAGGAAAGAAAUUACUCUCUACUUCCCACAAAUGAGCAAUGCUUGACCACAUCCUUGGAACAGGGCCUCAAUGCAUGUAGCUGGUGCUCGGGAGGAGGACUGACGUUUUUGCAAUGAGAGCCCACCCUUCCGCUCUUCUUCCUUUUUCCACCUUUUAUUGCUGAGUGUGACACCAUAUGAUAGGGAAUAUUGCUUUCUUUGGUUUAGGUCAGCUGGCCUGGUGAUGUUUCUUUUCUCACUUUUUUGCCCACCCCCUAGAAGGGUUAGAGAGAGUCCUGAUGCUGUGCCAGCACUGCUCAGCAGCAGACACAACACUGGUGUGAUAACACUGCUGUUCCAGCUACAAGUGCAGAGCACAACACUGGAUGGGCUGCUGCAGGGAAAGCUAACAUCCCAGCCAGACCCAGUACACAGAGUCCACACAUUUGUACAUGGUGGCAUCAGUAGCUGUACCAUAUCAGUUCGUACUGCCAUUGAAUACAAGUUGAGCAUAGACAUUUGGGAGUGGCAAAUGGGAGCUGCAGCAAGGGAGGGUGAGGUGGAGGAAAGGAAUCCAUGACGAGCUGGAAAGCUGAUUUAUUGCAAAGGGAGAUGAGGUGAAAGGAAGUUCAUUAAAAAUGAUUAUGAGGACAUGGAUGGGAAAUGAGCUUUUAUAGUACUUACGCAGGCUGUGUAGGUGGCAUGGGGCAAGCAGUUGUGACGAUGUAGGGGUGUGUAGGGAAGUUUCCAGAGAGAGGAGGUGUCAUUAAUAGGCAGGAUGUAUUCAGUGGGCCCUGAGGUAAAAAACACAGAUAUGAUGGGAAAAGAUUAGCCUUUUGGCUUAUGUCCUGCUCUCUGCCCUGAGAGAGUGUAAGUCAAAAAGUUAAGCUUGUUCUGAGUUUAUGGCACACAUGCACGACUGGCCAGGAGUCUCAAGGGGAACUGUAAGGAUGUGGAAGAAAUUAUGCAAUGGAAGGAGUAAGGGACCUGACAGAAUAUUUGGGAAGGGAGGAUGAAAACAGGUGAGAGGGUUAUGGUAUAAAAAGGAGACAGGAUGAAGAAGAAAGUGAGGGAAGCAAGAUCCAAGGGGAACAAGAAUAAGGUAUAGAUGGUUCAGGCAUCUUGAGUGUGUUGAGUGCCCUGCUUCCUUGCCCUGAAGUAACUCAACCUAAGGUAUGUCAAAGGAUUAUGUUGUGUUCUCCAUUGUUCAUCUAGAUGGGGAUUAAUAAUCCCAACAAAGGUAUCCCUGUCCUCGUGUGGGUCAUCCACAGCUCCUCAGCAGUGUCCCUUCCCCUGGCCUGAAUUGCCCACAGGCUGCAGUCCCCUCACAGGUGUUCAUCCUCCAGCACCAAGCAGUGCUAGACAUCUUCUGCCCUGUGCCACCUGUUGUGUCUGUCCCACCAGCCCAUGCCCUUUUCCUCCCUGGCACCCUGAGGAACUCUUGGGGCAGGUGAGGAGAAAGAAAUCAGCUGUGGAGUCUGAGCAGUGAGGCACAGGCCCCACGCCACCUGGCUAUGUAAAUAGUAUGUGUGCACAGGGCAGGAGGACCAGCCUGAUCCUUUCAGGGUUGUUGUGAGUCCCAGAAAAGGUGGGUAUGGGGUGGGGAAAAGGGGACACGGGCUAAAGUGUCAUGAACGAAGAGUGAUGUGGCCUCACCACACGCACAUUGUGUAGAGAGACUCACAGAGCACAAAAAGAGCUGUCACCUCCACACACCCUGUCCCAGGGGUGCAGGGGCUCCUCUCUAGCAAAGACAACAGGCCCUGAUCUUUCAGGUGCCAUUUUCAGUCUUUCUUUGCAACGUGACGUUAUCUGAGGGAAGGACCUGAGAGGGGAUGGUGGGCUGGGGUGUGGUGGGCUAGCUGGAACCAGCUGCCAUAUGCCCAACCUUAUCUGUUUCACUUCCCUUUUAUGAGAGGACCAGGGGAGAAAAUGACAUGAAAAAUCUUAUGGAUCAAGACAAAGACAGGGUGAUUGGUUACUGUUAGUGUCAUGGGCAAAAACAGACUUGACUUGGGGAAGAUGAGUUUAAUUCAUUGCCAAGUAGGUAGCUGAGAAACAAAACUAAAACAAUAAAAGCACUCCUCCCCCCUCCAUCCUUCCUCCCAGGCAGAAGAAAUUUGCUCCCUCAUCCUCCUCCCUGGGCGAUGCAGGGGAAUGGGGAGCAGCAGUUGUGUUUGGUCUGUAAUGGUUCCUCUUUGCAGCCCCUUCCUCCUCAUGCUCUUCCCUGCUCCUGUAUGGGUCCUCUCUGUGCACUGCAGUCUCUCACAUAAGAGCUUGCUAGGAGCACCUGCUCCACUCCUCCUUUGAUGACCCUUGUGCCUUGGUGGCUGUUCUCGCUUUUUUAGAUUUUAAUUUCCUCACUCCUCUCUUUGCCUGGCAUUUUCACCCUUUCCUAAACACUUUCCCAAAGCACCUCUUGCCCUGCUGGGGGGCUGUUGGUGGCGGUUGGAACCAGCCAUGACCCAGCAGCGCGGGGAUGUGCUGGCCACCUCCCACCGAGCUCCCCACAGCUCCUGCUGCCAGCAUCCGGAUGUGUGUGGGUGGUAAAGGGAGGAGAUAACCAUACAGGGGGUUAUGGCAUGGCCUGGGGUGGCAUGGCAUAACAUGGCCAUGAGGGAAGAGCAGCCAUGCCGGCAGGUGUGGAGGCCAUGGGCCCAAGGGAGGAAGCUGGAUGACCCUCUCCCAACAGCAACACAGGGCUUGUGAGGGUUGUGGGGAAAGGCCUGGCUGAGGCAGCCCGCCUGAGCUAGGGUGUUAUGGAAAACAAGAAAAGAGUUAAGCCAUGUCUCUGGCUUUGGGCUUGAAACAGCACUGGUUGGGAGGAAGCAGCCUCUUUUGCUGCCAUGAGGCCUCUCAGUGGUGGGGUUGUGGACAAAACUUGCUGGUGCCAAGCUGGUCUGGAGGCAGGAUUCACAGCUCCUGCCCUGGGGAGAAAGGUGUUUUGUUCUCCCCUGGUGUCACACAAGACUUUUGUGACCUCCUCUUAUCAAUAUCUCUACAAAUGAUUUUGUAGUGAUCUUGUCAGAGCACCUUUUUUUUUUUUUAAUUUAUUUAUUAUUAUUUUUUUUCUUUCCACUGAACACCUCACCUGUAAUUACAUUUAAAUAAUGAAACCACAGAGCCCCAAGAAACUAUUUACAAAAGGGGUAAGGACAUUACACACUCAUUUUUAAUGCUUUUAAAUCCAGUCUCUCCUUUCCAGCUGCCUCUUUCCUGCUAGCUGCAGGAUACAGAUGCACUCAGGUGCAUGGGAAGUACCAGCAGAGGCAGUAUUCAGUCUGCUUAUCUGAUGCUGUUCUGAAAAACUACCAGCAGCAAUCUGUUUCCAAUCAGUUGCAAAUUUUUUAUUGCCAUUUAAUGGUGGAGGGAAUUUGCACGGAGGAAAGUUGACAGUGAAAUGAAUAAUUCAGUCUCCCUGCAGAAUAAAGCCUGUCCAGUGUUGGCCUGGCCACUGAGAUACUUGCAUAAUACUCUUAUCUUUUGGGUGAUGAAACAGAAACCUGUUUAUAUAUCAGCCAAUAAGUUUAUAUUGCAGAUCUCAGUGGCACAGAAGGAAGGUGCAGUGGUUUUGGCUGGGAUUGUUAAUUUUCUCCAUAGCAUCCUGUAUGGUGCUGUGUUUUAGAUUUGGAACCAAAAUUGCUGAUAACACAUCAAUGUUUCAGCUCUUGCUGAGCAGUGCUUGCACAGAGCCAAAGGCUUUUCAGUUUCUUAUGCUGCCCUGCCAGCAAGGAGGCUAGGUGUGUGCAAGGAGCUGGGAUGGAGCAGGGCUGACCCUAACUGACCAAAGAGAUGCCCCAUAUUACAUGACAUCAUGGUCAGCAAUAAAACUGGGGGUAAAGGAGAAAAGGGGGGAUGUUUAGAGUGAUGGCAUUUGUCUUCCCAAGAAACUGUUAAGCAUGAUAAGCUCUGCUCUCCUGGAAGUGUCUGAACAUUGAAUGAAUUCCUUGCUUUGACUUGCUUGCAUGUGCCACUUCUGAUUUACCUAUUCAGCUGUCUUUCCUUCCUCCACCCCCCCCAUACCACUUCUGGGGGAGUUGGUUCUUCUCCCUUCCCCUCCCUUUCCCUCACCUCCCCUCUCCUCCUUUCUACUCUCCACUCCCCUCCUCUCCCCUCUGCUCUCCUCUCCUCUCCUUGAAAUAAUAGGGACAUUUGCAUCACAUCUCCCAAUACAUAUUUGCAGUCGCAUACUCAGAGAAGGGAAGAUUUGGCUCUGUAGGAACCACUGGGAGUUUUGCCCCUGGUAUCAAUCCCUCUAAAUGUCACCAAAAGCUUUAAUGUAUGUGUAUACCCUCACUCAUAGCCUAACAUAGUACCAAACUAUUCUGAGUAGAUUUCAGGCUGCUAGUUAUUAUCUGACAUGAUAAAAACAAACAAACUAACUAACUAAAAAAAAAAAAACAACACACAAGCCUGAUAAUGAACACAAAGUUCAAAAGUUCAUAUAUGUAUAAGUAUUAGGAGGACACCAAACUGAAGAAUAUGAGAUAUUAAACAUAACCUGGUUUAAUAAUACAUUUUGUGUUUGUAGAGAUAUUAAUUCCUCUUUUCUGCGUUAUAUGGAAAGAUCAGAAGAAUAAUGAAAAAUAUGUAGGAAAAUAAAACAGGUGGUAGUUUUUUAUCUGUUUCUUAUUGUUGCAGGAGUACCUUGGAGGUUUAGAUUUUUCUUUUCCCUUGAGGGAUUUCUGUUUUAUUUUUCAGGGCAAGGAAGACAGUCUGGGAAACAAAACAAGUGCAUGUGUAGUAUCAUUUAAAUCACCUAGCUAAGGUCUGCUGCUAGAAUGUGUUGUGUUUUUUUUUUGUUUUGUUUUGGUUGGUUGGUUGUUUUUGUUUGUUUUUUGGUUUUAAAAAUGUUUGGAGGGAAAGAAAAGAAAAUAGUAAAUAAUAAAUAUACUUGCCCUCAGACUGGGUUGUGAAAUGCCUCCUAGAAUGGAUGGAUGCAGCUGAUGAAGUUAAAAGGAUGUUCUGAACUAUUUGUCUAAGCACACAGAAGAAUUUAUAAGACUUGACAGCUUUGGAUGUUCUUUAGGUUUUAAUAGCAUUCUAGGGAAGAGCAGUGAAAGCCAUCGAUGAUUGUGGCAUGCUGGCAAUUGGCAUCUGGAGGUAACAGGAGGAGCCUGAAUUGUCUCCAUAAACAGUCAUGAAAGGCAGCAAGCUGAACCGUGAGGUUGUGAUGUCAGUGUAGCUAUUAGGGAGCAUAUGUAUUUGGUGAUUUUUGACUAUUGGAGAUGGAAACAGAAUCCAAACAUUUUGUCUAAAAGUUAUAUGGUAGAAUAUGACUUCACUGCAUCCUUGUUCUGAAACAAACAAACAAACAAAAAAAAAAAACAAAACAAAACAAAACAAAACAAAAAUUUUGUAAAAUGCAAUAGUUAUUACAGUUUUGUUAUUUAGUUAUUCUUUAAGAUAAAAAAGCUUAUACGUUUGUUCUGUGAAGACACAACAGAUGAAAGUAACACGAGGAUUCUUAUUCCCAUUUUUAUUGUUUCUCUAUUUACACUCUUUGUGAUAAGUACUACUUAAAAAACAUAAUUAAUGAGACAGGAAGUGUGAGGUUCUUUAAGACAGUUACCUGGCACUGUCUUCAGCCUGCUUCUCCGGGGAAUGUUAUUUUGAUUAUUUGUCUUCUGUUUCAGUCACUGUGGGGCUGACGUCAUACUCUCACUGUCAGAGGAAUUGUGCAGCAAGAAACCUGUGCUGUGACAGCCUCCUUCCCUGGUAAGCACAACAUAAAAUUCUGGAGAAGCUCCUUUCUUUCUUAUGGUCUACUCUGAACUGAUCAUAUCCCCUUCAGAACUGCAGUUUUUCAGAAGGUGAGUCUGGCAGAUCUCUUCUGCCUAUUGCAUGACCACCUGCAGGUGCACAUGGUUUUUAAAUUCUCUCUUAGGGUUCUGCUAAAGGAUCCCCCACUUCCACGUAUGGAGGAAAGGCUCUUGGACUGGAAGGGAAAAUUCAUGAUGAUUAGUUUUAUUUUACUGGGAGAGGGUGCGAUUUGCUCUGAGGGACUCUUGUCACAGAAUGGGCCACUCUGUCACCAUGGAGCAAUCUCUGUCACCACCAGAGCAAUCCCUUGCUGAGCUGCGAAAGAGACCUAUUUGUUCAUUUGAUCUACGUUUCCUUGCUGCCUUAAAGGCCAUCUUGUGAACACAAAUGCACAUUUUGGGGUAUGAGAGAAGGUGUACACAAGGUGGUAAGUGGCCUUUCCACUUCAUGGCAGCUCAGCCCACAACUGAUUCUGAGGAAGACUAAUUUAUUCUCAUCCUUAAUUAGGCUGUCACCAGAUUUCCUAUAGAGAUUUCAAGAUGCAUAUGAGAAUGUACCACAAACCUGACUACUGGUCUCAGCCCACCGACAUCUCUGAAGAACUCCUUUAUGAGGAAGAUGUGACCAUUGAAAUGUCUCAAUCUAGUCCAUGUGGGUAUAGGGUUGCACCCUCUUUUGCCCUGGUGAAGGUGAGGGACAUGGUUACAGAUCCAAGCCAGAGGUCCCCUGGAGUGAACAAAUGCAGCUUGAAAACAGCGUGCAUUCACUCUGGAAAGCCCUACAGAGAUACUAGCUGUAGGCUGCUGAAGUAUCUGGAAUGGUGGUCAUCACGUUUCACCAGCUGAAAUAUUUAGACAGUGCAAUCUGCAAGGAUCAUAAAUAGGAAUAUUAAAUUCUUGAAAGAGCAAUACAGGAAAAUAUUUCUCUUAUGAAAAUCAUAAACAAAUGCAGCUCCUUCCAAAUCCCAACAUCUUCUGAAACUGUUCUCUGAACAGAAACAUCUGUCACUUGGAUAAGACCAAGUCUCUUUUAAUAUAACACAGCCUCUGAUUUUUUUCCUCCCCUAAUCGCCUUUUAGCUUUGCUUUUGGCUGUGCCAAGGAUCUGUGUUGAAAUUGCCAUUUCUCAGCCAUAUGCUGCAGUCACAGCAGUAUUUUGAGUUGUGGCUGAUCACCCCCAGGAAGAUCUUGCUCUGUUAAAGAGAUUUUGGAGAGCAGAGUUUUUGGGGGAGGAACAGUGCAACUAGUGGCUUUCCUCUAAAGACAUCAGAGUUGAAAUCUGAAUGAAAAUGACUGGAGUUGAAUGCAUUGUCAAUGGUUUAUCACUACAGCCAGACACAGUAGACCAAAAGUUUACUCACAUUAGAUGGAUAAACAGUGCUUUAGGAAAAAAAAAAAAAAAAUCAUUUCCUCUGGUUUUGCAGACUUGAGAGUGGAUGUCUGAGUUUCACAGUCUCCCUCUUUUCCCCAUCCUUCCCCCCUGUCCGGACAUGUUCUGGAGGAAAAUGAGUCCUGUGGGUCUUACCAGUUUCUAAAUCUUGCACAGUUUCCUAGUCCCUUAGUGUCUUUCCUGGAGAUUAAAACUUAACACUUGAUAUUUACAAUUAUGUGGAGACAGAAAUGUGCUACAUUUUCUCUGCAGAAUAUACUCAAUGAGCACCUGUGAGGGUAUUUGAAGUAUGUUGUUUGGAAAGAGACACGGCCUUGUUCCUUUUCUGCCAAGAUUUUAGAAGUGGCAUCCGAUUUGGGAUAUUUGGCUCCAGAUAAAAGCUAGGACCUAGUUUACAAAGGGGUCAAAUAUUUACAACACCUAAAGACACUGGGAAAUUCUGCACACUUACAGUGGUAGGUGCUGAUGGCUGUCCUGCUCCUGCAGGACAAGCAGGCAAAGAUGAUGCUCGUGCAUACUGAUAAAGUGCUUUGACAAUGUUAUGUGCAUGGUUGAACAUAAGAGUAGAUGUAGGAGGAAAAUCCUUAUCAGGACUCCAGGCUGAGUGCAAACUAAGACCAGUGUUCACUUUCUGCGGAGUGGUGGCUUUCUCUCUUGUUUUAUUUGUGUGUCCCUAGCAAAUUUGCAGGGUAGCAGGCUCUCCCAUAAAGCAAAUGUUAGUUGCCUGUUAAUAGCUUUUCUUUUCUAAGCCUAUGAAGAUACCUGAGUACCAGGACUGAAACUUGCUCCAGAGCACCCUGUUGUGAAGAGUGUCACUGAAUAAGAUAAAGGGAAAACCUCUCUGAAACAGUUUGAAGGCUAUUCUUCUGCCUCUCAAAGAAAGUGUCACCUCCUGCUACUAUGAGCUCACUUCUUUCUCAUUGCUAAUCCUAUUUUAGCUGCGGAGAGGUAUUAAAGGCCUGGACUCCUCUCCUGCUUCCCACAGAGAGAUGCUGGCCCUUUGGUAAUGGUUAAGCAAAGAUCUCUGGAGCAGGGCUUGGGCAACAAUCCUAAUGCACAGGGUAACCUGGCAAAGACCCCUGUGCUAAUUGGCAGAGGCAAUGGGAGUGACUGGGCAGCACCAGGGGAAGGGUUAGAGGAACUCCAAAAAAAAGGUUAAAUACUUCUGGUGCUGCUCGUGUUAAUGCAGAGGCACUCGAGUUACAUACAUUGUACUAAGUUGUAAGCAAGUGGCUUCACAAGCUGAGUAAAAAGAAGUAGUUAACAUCCAUCCUGAACAGUUGUCACCACCGUUUCUGUGUGACAGGGAGGAGAAGGGUGGCAUUUGUAAGGCAGACUCACAGAACCCAUAGUCCUUGUGGGUGCUUUGUUAGCUGACUGAGUGAUGCACUUUUUUUCCAUUAAACCUAAAAAGUUAGGUAUUAUUACUAUUAUUAGCUAUUAUUAUUAUUACUAGGCUCUAUUUAUAAGCAAAAAUCUCUUGCAAAUCUAAUGGCUGAAAUAUAAAUGUCAAGAAGUUUUCUUCUAGUUAAUCGGCUGAAAGCUUCCAGAACCACCCUCCCCACUCCAAUCAGCCCACCCGCUAAUUUUUGGAGCAUUACAAAAAGAAUUGCAGCUAGAACAACAGUGUCACCUUCUGAAUAAUCAAAUGAGUGAUCACAUGGAAGCAAAUGGCAAGAAAAGCAACACUGGGCAGGAAACAUCUGCAGAAGGAAAUGUCUCUCCUGCCAAGGACUGCUCAAAAACCCAAAAAAGACUGCAACAAAUCGAGAGACAACUAAAAUUCUUAGCUUUUCAAAAUCCAGGACCUCAGGUAGCUGACUUCAAUCCUGAAACCAGAGAGCAGAAAAAAAAAGCGUGCAUUUCACAGAUGAACCAAGAUUUUUUUAAUAAGCCCAAAAUUAUGAAGAAGUAUGACAAACAUGGCCGGCUGCUUUGUAAUAACAUCGAUUUGUGUGACUGCCUGGAAAAGAACUGCCUGGGUUGCUUCUAUCCUUGCCCCAAAUGCAAUUCAAAUAAAUGUGGACCAGAAUGUCGCUGCAACAGGAAAUGGGUUUAUGAUACAAUUGAGACUGAAGCUGGGAAUGUGAUCAGUGCUUUCCCAUUUUUUAUCAAUGACUGAUUUUGGGCUGACAGCUUUGGUGCCUGAGCAAAGUUCUAAUUUCUUCACAUUUUGUUAAAGUAUAUCUUGACUUUGUGAAUUGUCUCUAGUGAAAUAUCUGGCAGUGGUGCUUGUGCUUCUUUAUUGCUGCCUACCUAGCAUACUUGAACCUUUCACAUUAAAUAAAAACAUGCAUUUCAUUCUUCCAUAGCCAUGUGAGCUUUUCUGAGGCACCUAGUGAGUUCUUUCUGAAUCCUGACUUUCUUAAAAUAAAGGUGUAUGGACUGCUGUGGACAGACGAUUUUCUUACCCUGGGGAGCGGAACCACAUUUCUUGUAACCUUUUUUUUUUUUUUUUUCCAAUCUCUCCACUUGUGCAUUUACUCAGACAUGUGACACAUUCUUUUGUGAACACUUACCCAGGUGCCUUUCCCUUCUGAUGCAUUCAUGUGUUGUAUAGAUUAAGUGGGAGUUAUUUGAGCUAACACUGUCUUCUAAAACUAGGUCACCACCUUCUGUGUCACCCAGUAUAUAAAGAGGAGGAGAGUGGAAACUACUUGUCAGCUCUUUCUUGUUGUGUCCAGGCUACAAGACAUUUUUUUCCCCGGCAUUUUUUUCCCAUCAUCAGCAUAUGGUGCACUCUCCUCGACCAGUCAUUAAUUAUAGCCCACACUGGAAAUAAAGGGAUUAGAUAUUUUUGCCUCUGGGCAGAAAAAGUCUCUUCAGUUCCAGAAGUCUUCUUCUUUCUAAAAGACAUUACAGAUUUCAAAUACCACAACAGACACCCUGUCUUUUUAGGAGGUAGCUAUUUUCAUUCAUAAUGGGCACUCAGGGUCUCCUCUUACACCAUUUUUAAGGAGUGAGGAUCCUAAAUCAUGCAGGCUGUCCCAGACCAUCUCAAAUUGCAUACUGCUAAGUGGGGGAAUCAUCCUCUGGGCCCACUGCUUGUUUUUCCUGAAGUGGCUCUCUGAAUUUUGAAAUUGGUAACAUUUUUCUUCCCUACAUGAGACUGUUGCCUGUGGACAGAGGCCCCCUGCUCCAAGGUACAGGUAUCUCCCUGUAGGAGAAAAUUCCUAGAACAGACCCCAAAAAUACCUUAACAUCAGAGCCUACUUCUGAGUUGAUACCUCAGAAUGAUUUUUUGUCCCUUGCAGAUAAUGACACUUUAAUACUUAAGCUUGUAGCAUAAAAAGACACAGUACCAAGAAACUUAAUAGUUAUAUCUGCUAUGGUGGUUAAAAUGCUCUAUAUUUGGCUCUCAAAUCUGAUCCUGUUACCUCAGAUACCUCCCUGGUCCCAAAGUAUCCUUUGACCUGUACUAGGAGUCCAAGAAGUCCACGACUACCUCUGAACCAUAUUCUUUUAUGGAGGGUGGAAGUCUUACCAAUAUACUCAGGUUUGUCAAUGGUUUCUUGUUCCAGGCAUGCCACAAACUCCUUCUGAACUUGACAGAAGAAGCAGCUGUUGAAGAACAUGAAGAUGGCAGGAAGAUGUCAGACUUUCUUUAAAAUAAUUUGGACAGAUUUGAGCGAGCUCUUCUUUCCACUUAGAGGCAAAAAAAAAUAAAUAAAAAUGUUUCUCAAGUGAA